AUGGAGCGGGUUUCGACGGUUGUUCCGGGUUCUAGCAUACUCUGUAAAAAUAAUUGCGGAUACUAUGGAAAUCCUUCCUGGAAUAACUACUGUUCCAGGUGUUAUAGAGAAUUUCAAAAUAAGUCAGACGCACACCUGCGCAACACUCGCGCAAUGUCGAGGACUUCCUCCCGAGCUUUUGCGAAUUUCGAAGCUAAACGCAAAAAGGUCGCAGGAAAAAGUUCUGGUACUAUCAGAAACAUUUUAAAAAUUCAAAGAGGUGGUUUUUUGCUGGUUUUAAACUUUUUAGGUCGUGAUCAGUACGGUUCAAACAUCCCCGAAGAGGCCUUACAAGCCAGGGCAGAAUUCUAUAAAGUUCUGAAAACCUGGCGAUCAGCCCCCGGACAUGAUGUUAACAAACAGAUUGAAAAACUUUUAAGAGAUCUCGAAGCCAACGAACUCGCCAGUAUCAGCAAGUUUUCAAACGCGAUCAAGGACUUCUACAGUUACAUGGCUCAGCGCGACGCUUCAACGGAGCAGAAAGAGGGGCUCUUAAAUGCAAUUGAGCGUUUCCUUUCCGUGUGGAUCUAUCCAUGGGCCUUCACACCCUCAAAUACCGACGAUGAGGAAGUAGACUUGAGACUACAAGAUCGAAUUCGGUCGCUUCAUUGGGUAUCUCAUCAGCACUUAGACGCUCCUAUUGAUCCUUCUUCACCUCAGCAAUUGCGCCACCUCGAAGCAGCCAUUCUCCAUUUGAUUCGGCAAAAUGAGGUUCUCCCCACUGAAUCUAAGCUUGAUCAAAUCGUCGACUGCUGCCACGAGGUCUUCAAGGCAUUGCGGCUGAACGCCAAGACUUCCGAUUCCUCCUCGAUGACUGUAGCGACAGCAGCUGCCGCUGCUGUCAACGUUGUCAGACAGCAGCAGAUUCAGUCACAGCCGCCGAUGGCGCCUCAGUGUCCCUCAAAUGCUGAUGACUUUCUCCCUGUUCUUAUUUGGAUCGUGCUGCGCGCCAACCCCCCAUUGCUGCACUCCAAUCUUCAAUUCAUCACGCGUUUUGCCAGCGACACUCGACUUAACACCGGCGAGGCCGCCUACUGUUUCACUAAUCUGUGCUGUGCAGUGGAGUUCAUCAAGAACCUCAACUACGCCAGUCUCGGCCUGACAAAGGAAGAAUUCGAGCAGCAGAUGCGUGAUGGUGUGCCGGUCACCCUCUGUCCCGUCGAUAUUCCUGACGCCCUCUCUGAUGCCAAGCGACGAUACAAUGCUAUCAACCAGAAACUGGACGAUAUGGAAGCGUUGCUGGCCACAACGGAGAGCGAGCUGUACGCCAACGAGAGGCGCACGGUUGAGCGCGUGGCGCAGCUGCGGAAAACGUGUACGUUGAAACGCACUGUCUACCUAGAUCCGAGAGAGUUGGUCACACCCCACGUGCUGUGCCUUGGACCGAUGCCGGAGAAUCCUCCAGCCCCGCCCACCCUGCUUCCAAAGUCGCAGUCGAUCAAUUUAAUAGAUCAGCUGAAGCCUGACGAGGCCCUCGCUUCUACUCCCUGUCUUACGCCCCUCCCCACCCGUACACCUCCGCGACCACCCCGACCGCCCCCGCGGUAG